AUGUCGUCCAAAAAAGAGAAGUUUCUGAGACUUUUCAGACCAGUUUUAAAAGAAUAUAACCCUGGUGUAAAAGAAAAGAAUCGCUUUUUGUGGUGUAUUAUGUGUCCCUUUAGUGGGAAACUUGCAAUGUGGAUAACAAAAAUCAUUGCAGCAUUGACUAUCUGGGGAACAUUUUGGGCAAUAACAGGUGACGAAGCUCUUCCGGGAGGAAAUUUCUUUGGAUUAUUGGUGUUGAUCUAUGGAUGUGUUAUAGCAGCGGCAUUCAUCAAUUUUACACCAUUUCCACCCUUACUCGGCAUGAUGUUGGUGGGGUUUUGUUUAAGAAAUUCACCAGUACUUGAUAAAGCAACACACAUAGAUAAAACAUGGGCAGCAACCCUCAGGACAAUCGCAUUGGUUGUGAUAUUAGUAAAAGCUGGUACAGGUUUGGACCCAUCAGCUUUAAAGAAAGUCAAGUGGAUGGCCAUUAGGUUAGCUUUUGUACCAAGCCUAGUUGAAGCUGUAGCCGCAGCUCUUGUAGCGAGAUUUGCUCUGGGAUUUCCAUGGAUUUGGUCGUUCGUCGGUGGAUUUGUGCUAUCUGCUGUAUCCCCAGCUGUAGUUGUACCAUGUAUGAUUGGUGUACAAGAAAAAGGAUUUGGAGUGGAUGAAGGGAUACCUACAUUAUGUAUUGCAGCUUGUAGUUUAAAUGAUGUAUUUUCAAUCAGUGGUUUUGGUGUAACUUUAGGUAUUGCCUUCUCCAAUGCUGAUUUGGUGUAUAAUAUUUUCCAUGGUCCACUGGAAAUAGUAAUAGGUAUAAGUGUAGGGACAGCAAUUGGUGUUCUUCUAUGGUACCUUCCUCAUAAAGCUAGUAAAAAUCUGUUACUCUAUAGAUUUAUUCUGAUUAUAUCACUUGGUAUGUUUUUAACGUUUGGAUUCCGGGUGGUGAAGUAUCCUGGUGCUGGUGCUCUUGGUACACUGGCCAUGUCAUUUGUCGCUGGUAUGGGUUGGAGAAAACGUGGUUGGGAAACAAAUUAUGCUAUCAAACCGGUAUUAGCUAAAUGUUGGCAAGUAUUUCAGCCUUUGUUAUUUGGUUUAAUUGGUAGUGCUGUAUCGAUAGAAAACCUUCAGAGUGGUGACGUAGGUAAGUGUAAUAAAUGA